GCGGAUUUGCUGACACACACCGACCACUCACUCACCACCGAUAUCCACGCAACAACGAACCGAGCAGCCAUCAUGUUCUUCACUGGCGACCACAAGAAGCGCAAGGUGGUGUCGCUGGGUGGACGCAGACAGCAGCAACAGUCUGCCAGCGAUGCUCGACAAGCCAGACAAGCACGCCAGCGGGAGCGAAAGCAAAAGGAAGCAGCAGAGCGCCUGCAGGAAUGGUGGCGUCAACGCUACGCCUGCCUUCAAGAGCGGCAGGAUCUGCAGCGCGAGCUCGACAGUCUUCUGGAGUCAAAGCUGGAUGAUGACACAGCUGUGCAGCGCGCGCUGCUGCUGAUUGCGUUUCUCGGUUCCCGUGGCAGGCAGGAUGACACCACCCGCAACCGCUGUGUGCUCACAUGCCCAAACUUCCGAUUGCAUCAUCAUUCCUCCUACAGCAGCGCUGGCAGCGACACCACCCGCCUCUUCUUCCACCGCCUCCUCACGCAGGACCUCCCACAAAGCCUGUCGCAUCACCCCAUCCUGUGCGGACUGAUUCUCCACACACUCGAACGCGUCGAUCCAAUCGACAUGCCCACGUCACUGCCGCCCGCAAAGAUGCUGGCGCUGUGCGAAAACCUUACACACGCCGUCGAAGCAAAACGGGAGCACGUGACUGCGGAUGCGUUUGCUGCGUAUGCGGCGGCGAGCGGAUCGUGUCUGUCUGCCCUCCACCCGCACAUCCUCUCCGCAUGGGCACACGCCACUGAUGAUGAUGACAACGACGACAACGCCGACGAUGAUGACGAUGCAGUGAUGGACACCACACAAGAUGACACGCAGCGUGAAGCCGCCCCAACGACUACAGCAUCAGCCGCACGCGCCUCGUCAGCAUCAGCAGCACGCGCCUCGUCAGCAACAGCAGCACGCGCCUCGUCAGCAACAGCAGCACGCGCCUCGUCCCCACCGCCACCGCCAUCACCAUCGCCGAUGUCUGUGCGCGUGCGUGCGGCGGCCGUGUUUGACCGGGUGCUGCACGUGUUCUCCGACACGGCCAUUCUUCGCACCCUCGUCGCAUUCCUGCAGCAGCGACAGCAGCAGCAGCAGCAGCAAGGUGGUGGUGGUGGUGGUGGCACGAUGGAUGUGAGCAAGGAUGAUGGUGACGGUGCUGACGAGCAGGAGGAACGAGGAGGAGAAGGCAAAGUGGAAGCAGCCAAACCCGAAGAAGGCACAACUCACAGUGCUAAACAACAGCACCAGCAGCAUCAGGGUGCGGUGGCGAGGAAGAAAGAGUCGAGUGGUGGCGGGUUUGAUCGCGCCGCCGUCGUCGUCUCCGUCUACACGCAGCUCGUGUCCCUCCUCCGCUCCAGCACACAGCCGGAGGUCAAGGCAAAGCUCACGCAGAUGCUGACGCAGCUGUCGGCGCACGACGCAUUCGUCUCCGCCCUCUGGAGCCACUCGUCGCCCCACGUGUCAUCGCUCGCUGCCCUUGCGACUGCUGACAUUGAAUCGCUGGUGCGCUGGUCCGCAUCUCCGCCCGCCGCCGCCCUCACCCUCCUCUGCGACAUUAUCCACCACCACUUUGUUCUCGUUGACGACGCCGAUUUCUGGGCCCAAGUGUCGACCAAGUUUGGGUCUGAGGAGGACUUUAAGUUUCUGCUGCGCUCGUCGCGUGAUGUGUGCGCAAACCUCUUUCUCUCCACUGCAGUAGACACGUCCACACCGCGCCAAGUUGAGCUGCUUCGCCGCUCCCUCGCCCGCCUCCUCAGGGCCAUGUAUCUCCGCGACGAUCGCCUGCAAUAUCUUGGCAGAGAUUUCUGGACAGCGCCUGCGCUCACAAACAGCGUGCAGUCGAUUCUGCAGUACCUGACAGCAGAGCAUUUUGAACGCCCCGAAGAUGAUGAUGAGGGGGCGGAGGCUGAAGAAGGUGACGAGCACGAUGGCGAUGAGGAUGUGGAUGUGGCUGCCAUGUCCGCUAUGGACAGCGGCGGGCCACUGGGCAUGCUAUCCUCCGUGGCGCCACCGGGUGCGCGUGGCGUCGGUGACCCUUCGCGAACCUUCCGUCGCCGGCGCCUUGAUCCGGACCAGCGUGCCGUCGUCAUUCGCGAUCUCUUGCGUGAGAUUCCGUUUUGCGUUCCGUUUAUGGACCGCGUCUCCAUUUUCCGUCAGAUUGUCGCCUCGCACGCCCGCACAGGCGCUUUCAGGUAUGCCGGCCGCCAGCACCUGCGUGUGCAGCGCGGGCGCAUGUACGAGGACGCCUUUGAUGCCUUCUCGUCCUCCCCCGACGGCGGCUGGUCGCAGCCCCCAUCCGUCACCAUCGUCGACGCAGAGGGUCUGCCGGAGGCUGGGAUUGACGGCGGCGGGCUGUUCAGGGAAUUUCUCCAGCAGGCCAUCAAGGAGGCGUUUGAUCCCGACCGUGGGCUGUUCCGCACGGCAGACGACGGCGGCGCGUAUCCAAACCCGGACAUCCACCACAUUGUCCCCGACGCAGCGCAGCACUUUGAGUUUAUUGGGAAGUUGGUUGGGCAGGCAUUGUACACGGGUAUGCUGCUUGACCUGCCGCUCGCACAGUUCUUCCUCACACGCAUCCUCGGAAAGCGCAACAUCUUCUGCCAGCUGGCGUCGCUUGACCAGCAGGUGUACCGCAGCCUGGCCAUGCUGCGCACCAUGUCUGGCGAGCAGCUCGCCGACCUCGACCUCACCUUCUCCGCCACCCAGGGCCCGCUCACGGGCCAUCGCGUGGUGGACCUUGUGCCCAACGGGCGCAACCUGAAGGUGACGCGGGCGAACGUGAGCGUGUAUCUGGUGCACAUGGCGGACUACUACCUCAACCGCCAAAUUGAGCGCGCGUCGUCGUCGUUUACGAGCGGGCUGCACUCUGUCAUCCCGCCCGAGUGGCUGGAGCUGUUUGGGCCCUCGGAGCUGCAAAUGCUGCUCAGCGGAACGCAGACAGACAUUGACCUGAUGGACAUGCGCCGCAACACGCAUCUCACUGGCGGCUUCCACGACGCCCACCCGACUAUUGUCAUGUUCUGGCGCGUUGUGGCGGCGAUGACGCCAGAGGACCGUGGCCUCUUGUUGCGCUUCAUCACCUCCUGCCCGCGCCCGCCCCUGCAGGGGUUUGCGUACCUGCAGCCGAAGCUUGCCAUCCGCAAUGCCCUCGACCCCACGCGCCUGCCCACCGCGAGCACGUGCGUGAACCUGCUGAAGCUGCCGCCUUAUGAAGAUGAGGAGACGCUGCGCACGAAACUCCUCACCGCUAUUCGCUCCAACUCCGGGUUCCACCUCAGCUGAUGGCGUGUGUGUUGAGGGGGGGGGGCAGUGGUGAUGUGGCAUCGUAAGUAUGUGGUGGUGAUGCUGAUGGGACCUUUUUUGUUGUUGAUUUCGUUGAUGAUGAACAUAAAUGAAUGAAGCCAUGUGAUUGGAAUGAAU